CCUCCAGAUCAGUACACAAAGACUGCUGCUGCCAGAGGAAGGGCUGCUCUGCAUGCACCUACCAUGGUGGUUUUGUCAGUGGUUCUUGUGUCCCUUCUGGUCCUGGGAAGAGGUGCAGAGGAAGCCACAGAAUGGGGGCUUCCUGACCAGUCCUUGCCAGGGUCCUGCCAACCAGCUGCCACCUGCCAGAAGUGCAUUCUCUCACACCCCAGUUGUGCAUGGUGCAAACAAUUGAACUUCACUGCGUCGGGGGAGGCGGAGGCCCGGCGCUGCGCUCGGCGCGAAGAGCUGCUGGCCCGGGGGUGCCCGGCCGGGGAGCUGGAGGAACCACGCGGCCGGCAGGAGGUGCUGCAGGACCAGCCGCUCAACCACGGCGUCCGAGGCGAGGGCGCCACCCAGCUGGCCCCGCAGCGCGUGCGCCUCACCUUGCGGCUCGGGGAGCCCCAGCAGCUGCGAGUGCGCUUUCUCCGAGCCGCGGGGUACCCGGUGGACCUGUACUACCUCAUGGACCUGAGCUACUCCAUGAAGGAUGACCUGGAGCGCGUGCGCCAGCUCGGGCACGCCCUGCUGGUGCGGUUGCAGGAGGUCACCCAUUCCGUGCGCAUUGGUUUUGGCUCCUUUGUGGACAAAACGGUGUUGCCCUUUGUGAGCACAGUGCCCUCCAAGCUGCGCCACCCCUGCCCCAGCCGGCUGGAGCGAUGCCAGCCGCCCUUCAGCUUUCAGCAUGUGCUGUCCCUGACAGGAGAUGCCCAGGCCUUUGAACGGGAGGUGGGGCGACAGAGUGUAUCUGGCAACCUGGACUCACCUGAAGGUGGCUUUGAUGCCAUUCUGCAGGCUGCCCUCUGCCAGGAACAGAUUGGCUGGAGAAAUGUGUCCCGGUUGCUGGUGUUCACCUCAGAUGAUACAUUCCACACAGCUGGGGAUGGAAAGCUGGGAGGCAUUUUCAUGCCCAGUGAUGGGCACUGCCACUUGGACAGCAAUGGUCUUUAUAGCCGUAGCCCAGAAUUUGACUAUCCUUCUGUGAGUCAAGUUGCCCAGGCCCUCACUGAAGCAAACAUCCAGCCCAUCUUUGCUGUCACCAGUGCUGCACUGCCUGUCUAUCAGGAGCUGAGUCAGCUGAUCCCCAAGUCUGCUGUGGGGGAGCUGAGUGAGGACUCCAGCAACGUGGUGCAGCUCAUCAUGGAUGCUUAUGAUAGCCUAUCAUCCACCGUGACCCUUGAACACUCUUCACUUCCUCAAGGAGUUGACAUCUCUUAUAAAAGCCAGUGUGGCGGUCCUGAGAAGGGGGAGGCUGGGGCAGCUCGGGGACAGUGCACCCAUGUCAGAAUCAACCAGACGGUAGAUUUCUGGGUUACUCUCCAAGCUAACAACUGCCUCCCAGGUCCCCAUCUUCUGAGGCUCCGAGCCCUUGGCUUCUCAGAGGAGCUGAUUGUGGAGUUGCACACACUGUGUGAUUGUAACUGCAGUGAUGACCAGCCCCAGGCUCCCCACUGCAGUGAUGGCCAGGGACACCUUCAGUGUGGGAUGUGCAGCUGUGCCCCUGGCCGACUGGGUAGGUUAUGUGAAUGCUCUGAGGCUGAGCUAUCCUCCCCGGAUCUGGAGUCUGGGUGCCGGACUCCCAAUGGAACAGGGCCCCUGUGCAGUGGGAAGGGACGGUGUCAAUGUGGACGCUGCAGCUGCAGUGGACAGAGCUCUGGGCGUCUGUGCGAGUGUGAUGAUGCCAGCUGUGAGCGACAUGAAGGCAUCCUUUGUGGAGGUUUUGGCCACUGCCAAUGUGGAGUGUGUCAUUGUCAUGCUAACCGAACGGGCAGAGCAUGUGAGUGCAGUGGGGACGUGGACAGAUGUAUCAGCUCUGAGGGAAAACUCUGCAGUGAGCAUGGGCUCUGCAAGUGCAACCGCUGCCAGUGCUUGGAUGGCUAUUAUGGCGUUCUGUGUGACCAGUGCCCAGGCUGCAGGACACCAUGUGAGAGAUACAGGGACUGUGCAGAAUGUGGGGCCUUUCGGACUGGCCCACUGGCUGCCAACUGCAGCAUAGCUUGUGCCCACACCAAUGUGACACUGACAUUGGCUCCUAUCUUGGGUGGUGGCUGGUGUAAAGAGAGGACGUUGGAUAAGCAGCUGUUCUUCUUCCUGGUGGAGGAAGAGGCUGGAGGCAGAGCUGUCCUGACAGUGAAGCUUCAGGAAAAGGAAGCAGACCAUACCCAGACCAUCGUGCUGGGCUGUAUAGGAGGCAUUGUGGCAGUGGGACUGGGGCUAGUCCUAGUUUACCGGCUCUUAGUGGAAAUCUAUGACCGCAAAGAAUACAUCCGCUUUGAGAAGGAGCAGCAGCAACUCAACUGGAAGCAGGACAACAAUCCUCUCUACCAAAGUGCCAUCACGACCACCGUCAAUCCCAACUUUCAAGGGACAGAUGGUUCCAGUCUUUGAAUGGGAAGACUCAUUCAUGUAGGGCUCUUUGCUCUGGAAAAAUAGUAGGAUGGGGGAUGAUAGGAAAUUUAUCCACUGUUGUGGAAUGGCUGCUACCUACUUCACCUUCCGGACAAGUUAAGGUGUCAGAUUUGCUGCAGCUUAGUUCUCCACCUCAAAGCGGGUUUCUCCCACGCAAAUAUACAAUAAAGUCUUACAUCAGCCUACA